GGACGUUAAUCUCUAUAUUUAACAAAAUAUUUAUCAAACCUAAUUUCAUUCUUGGUCGAAUUUGUGUCAGUAUUACUAAUUAACACAAAACGAAAACCCAGGACUGUAUCACUUCUUGAAAGCACAAACUUCCUUUCCUCUGUCAGAUGACGACAGACGGAAGCAAAGGACAAUAUUUUCAUCGGAACAUGGCUUCCCUGCCCGGAGGAGGCGAUGUGGCAGGUAAUCCCAAUGAUAACGUCCUGGAGGUGGGAGCUGAUUUAUUGAAAGAAUUUAUAUAUGAGCGGGUGCGUCGUCAUGGUGACCCAGAGGCAGAGGUGACUCGGAGCCAGCUGGGGGGGAGGGAGCUGUCCAACCCCAACCACAAGAAACUGGCACAGUGUCUACAGCAGAUCGGAGACGAACUGGACAACAACAUGCAGCUGAAGAGCUUGAUCGAUGACUCAGCUCUGCAGCCCACCAAGGAGGUGUUUGUGAAGGUGGCCCGCGAGAUCUUCUCCGAUGGAAAGUUCAACUGGGGCAGGGUAGUGGCACUCUUCUACUUUGCCUGCCGACUAGUCAUCAAGGCUUUACUGACAAGGGUGCCUGACAUCAUACGCACCAUCAUAAAUUGGACUGUAGACUACCUGCGUGAUCAUUUGGUAAACUGGAUCCGUGAGCAAGGCGGAUGGGAGGGCAUUCGCUCCUACUUCGGCACGCCAACAUGGCAGACCGUCGGGGUCUUCCUGGCAGGAGUUCUCACCACUGUGCUGGUCAUCCGCAAAAUGUGAAAGGGAGGAGAAAGGAGAGUGAGCAAGCAAGUGAGAGAGAGAGAGAGAGAGAAUAGAAUGAAAUACAGGAAGAACGUGUGGAGGAAAGGAUAGUUGAAAGACAGGCAGAGCAGAGCAAACCUCAGAAGAGAUUCUGGUGAUGAAUAGCUAGAAGAGAGAGAUCUAAUAUGGCUGACAUGAGUGGGGGGGUGUAGAGCUUGGGGGUUGAUAGGAGGAAGUGCAGUACUUUCACCUCCCUCACGGCUGUAUGCUGUACACACGCAUAACGAAGCUAAAGAAAGGAAGGAAGAGAGUGAGGGAGGGAGGGAUCAUUUCCACAAAUUAAUUUAGCCUAUUUAUUUAUUUCCACUCAAAGCAAACAAAUGGUCACUGCAUUUAAACCUGAGACUUCUGGAACAAGGUGAUCUGACCAAUCUUUCAACCCACUUGAUGUGAAGGGCAUGGUCUUCAUUAAGGAUCGCUACCACUCAAUGCGUUUCUCCCCUUCUGCACUCCAACUGUCCUCUCUCCUCUCUCUCUCCAUCUCCGUUCACGCUCAAGAGACACCAAUCCGGUCUUUCAGAACUCCUGAGCACAGAGGUCUUGUUCGAGUGCACUUUAUAGGGCUGUAUUGUGUGAUACAGAGGAACAGGCGGAGCACUAAGUGUUUACAUAUGUGUGUGCACGGACAUGCACAUGACUGAUUGUGAGGAGCAAACAGACCCGUGGAGACUUACCUCUGACAGUAUAGUGUUUAAUGUACUGUAUUUUUUUCAAUCCUGGUUAUUUAUACUCGACCCACAGUCUCAAACUCUGCUUGUUGCUCCUCUCCCUCCACAUCCUGUUUUCUGCUGUUGGAGUUCUAGACUUCUUUUAAAAAAAAAAAUCCUUUUCAGUUGUCAGUGCCUUGUUUCUUUUUUGGAGGUGGGGGGGCGUUUGCUUUUUUUUUUUUUUUUUUACAACUAUGAAAUCACUUUGAUAAGACUUCUUUUUUCAACUUUUUCUACACUUCUGGACAAUUUGUACAAAAAUACAUGAAUUGAACCAUUUUGUGACCCUGUCGCCCAAAAAAGUCUUUCAGCAGGGACUCGGGUUGUUUCUUUUGUAUGUUGUUAUAAGAUUAAAAAACAGUCAAACAUGUUUUUACCAACUUUA